AUUUAAAAAUGGAGCAAACCUACACAUUUACAAUUGAAUCCAAAAAACAAAAUAUAGAUGCCCUUUCUGAAGAAUAACAAUAAGAAUUCAAAACUCAUGCACAAGAAUGCCAAAUUAUAGUCUUAAAAGGCAAUAGUUACUCAAAGCAAUUUUUCAAUCAAUUCUCAGAAUACAUCACAACAGCCAAACAAUUGCAAGUAAUCUAAAAUCAUUAAACAUAGAAAAUCAAUGGAAAUGAUAUCUUCGUUGGCAAAGGAAAAGAUGAAAUCCCUCAAUCAUUAUAAGUAUAAUACAAUCCAAUAUUGUAGAUCCUAGGAAAUAGUCUCAUUGGAUUAAACAUCUUGAGUCUUGAUCUAUCCAACAAUGCAGUCAACCCAUUCGGAGCUGAGGCAUUAAAACCAUUCCUUAAAUAAGCCCACUAAUUGCAAAAACUAUUCCUAAAUAAUUGUGGUCUAGGCAUCAGAGGUGUCACUUAAAUCUCGGAAGGAUUGUAAGAAGGAGAACACAAUCUUCAGAUACUGGCUAUUGCAAGAAAUAGAGCUGAAUGCGAUGGUGCCAUUGAAAUAUCUAAAGCAUUCCCAACAUGCAAAAAACUAUAAGAAUUGCACAUCUAUUAGAAUGGCAUCAAAUAAAAAGGCAUGAUGGAAUUGUUAUCAUCACUAAAUAAAAACUGCACUGAAUUAACAACCAUUGAUAUCAGAGAUAAUUUUGUUCAUGAAGCCACCACUUAAGUCUUAAGUGAUCUCAUAACAAAUAGUUCUCAUUUGACAGCUAUCAACAUAUCAGAUUGUAACAUCUAAGGAAAAUAAAAUAAACAAAUCCUAGAGGCAUUAGCCAAAUUAGUCAAAAUCGAAAAAUUGGGCUACAAUUAUGCUGAAUUAAAUGAUGUCCAGGGAAAUGAACUAUAUGAAAUUAUUGCUAAAUAAGUGGAGAAUGUUACAGUAAUAAAUAUUUAAUAUAUAUAAGAAAUUGGAAUUGAAAGGAAACGAAUUCAAGAAAGCUACAAAAUAAAAGUUUAAGGAAUUAUUCGCAACUAAAGAGAAAGUUCUUGGAGCAUUCGAUAGUGAUGAUGAAGAUGAGGAAGAGGCAGAUGAAUUGUAAAAAUUAUUUAGUCAGUUGGUUAUUUGAAAUUAUG